AUGUUCAUCACUCCCAAAGUUCCUCUCGAUUCCUUCCGCCAUCAUGUCUUCGCCGAUAAACGCAAUUUCAUGGGAGUGCCAAAUACAUUGAAUGUGAUGACCAACUUUCCCUUUCUUAUUAUUGGGGUGCUUGGUUUCGUUCUUUGCAUUGGAGGAAGCUUCUUCAACAUAAGCUUGAAAGGUGAGAUUUGGGGAUGGACACUGUUCUACGCAGGCAUUGCAAGCUUGGCCUUUGGUUCUGCUUAUUAUCAUCUCAAACCUGAUGACAACAGAAUCGUCUGGGACACUUUGCCUAUAUUGAUAGCGUAUUCGUCGCUUUUCUCUAGUUUUUUGGUUGAGAGAGCGGGGGAGAAAGUGGGUCUGAGCUGCCUCGUCUUGCUUCUAUUCAUAUCAGUUCUGAGUGUUGCUUACGCCAGAGUGUUUAAUGAUCUCCGAUUAUGCAUGACGUUCCAGUUGAUUCCGUGCCUGGCGAUUCCGGUCAUGGCGGUUUUGUUACCUCCCAAAUAUACUCACUCUAGAUUCUGGCUCUGGGCAACAGCGGCAUACGCUGUUGCGAAGAUCGAAGGACUUGCAGACAGCAAAAUAUACAAUGCGAAUCGAUAUAUCAUCAGUGGGCAUUCACUGGGACAUUUGUGUUCAGCAUUGGCUACGCUUUUACUUACCGUUAUGCUUUUGUAUAGAGGCCUUGUGUUUCAGAGGUAA